AUGCCGCUGAACAAAUCUGCCAUUUUUCUCAGUUCCUGCAAUGUCUUUCCCGCCGUGUCGAGUCUAACGCCUAUCCGAUCCAUAACGUCAUCUGGAGGGGUUCGAUUUAGCCACGCACCGGCAACGACUUUCUCAAUAGACGGGCAUAGACGAUAUGCUACAGUAAACAGCGGUCAAGGUAAUGAAGUACCUGAGUGGCCUAAAACUUCGUAUCCUUCUCCCUACGAGAUCUUCGCUAUGAAGAAUGACGCUCCAUAUACCAAGCAUCGAUUCUAUCAGCUUGUCAAAGUCUACCACCCCGACCGACACAGCCAUGCUCUCAAUACCGAUAACAUAACACAUAAGGUCCGCUUAGAAAGGUAUCGCCUUAUUGUUGCUGCCAACGACCUCCUUAGCGAUCCCUCUAAACGUCAACUCUAUGAUGUUCAUGGUGUAGGAUGGACUGGUGGUCGGCCUCAGACACUCAACGAAACUGUCCGCAGUGCCGAUCGUGCCUGGCGUCAUAGAGCCGGAUCUGCCGCACAUAAUGCUACAUGGGAAGACUGGGAACGAUGGUACGAUGCCCGUGAUGGCAGAGUGAAGGAUCCUUUAUACAUGUCCAAUGGCCUUUUUGCCACUCUCGUUGUUGUUAUGUGCAUGAUAGGCGCUUUUGCUCAGAUGAGUAGAGCAGACCAAUACGGCGCCGAUCUCGUGGAAAUGAAGAACCAGUCCAACCUCGCCAUCGGGCAGCAGGUGGCCCGUCGUAAUACAAUUGCGGCGGGCAGGUCCAAGGAUGAAAGAGUUGAUAUGUUUUUGAAGGACAGAGAGAACUUGAAUUAUGCUUUCCAGCCUGGAAAGUAUGACAAUGAAGUGCUGCAGGCAGCUCAAGGCCAUGGUCCUAGUCAUGGACAUGAUGGAAAAGUGUGA